AAACAAUAACAACGAAAUCUCCCAUUUUUGCCGAACAAAACGAAUCGAAUUACAUCGCGGAAAAGUUGUAUAAAAACCAUCCAAAAUGGGUAAAAAGCAGCAUCAGAAGGAUAAAAUGUACCUCACGUACACCGAGUGGGCCGAGUUUUACGGUGGCCACAAACCGGAUUCGGUGGAAAAUGAGCAGAUCAAGUUCAAACGGCUCCCGUUUGACCAUUGCUGCGUGUCGCUGGUCCCCUUCGAACACCCGUACUGCGAUAAAGACGGUAAUGUGUUCGAGUUGUCGGCGAUUGUCGAGUUUCUGAAGCGGUUCAAGGUGAACCCCGUCACCGGAACUCCGCUCGAUGGACGUUCGCUGAUCAAGCUCAACUUUACCAAAAACCACGAGGGGCAGUACCACUGCCCGACGCUCUUCAAACCGUUCACGAAGAACUCGCACAUCGUGGCCAAUGGAAAGACGGGCAACGUGUUCUCGCACGAAGCGAUCGAGCAGCUGAACGUGAAGGCCAAGAACUGGAAGGAUCUGGUUGAUGAUACACCGUUCACGCGCAAGGAUCUCAUCACCAUCCAAGAUCCGGGCCAGUUGGACAAAUUUAACAUUUCCAGCUUUCACCACAUCAAGAAGAACCUGCGGGUAUUGACGGAGGAACAGCAAGCCGAACGGAAGGAUCCACACGGCCGGCUGAAGAAAAUUUCCUCCGAAACGAAGGACAUUUUGCAGCAGCUUGAAAAAGACUACAAACCGGCGGAAGAGCAAAAGGAGGAACGCCAGGUGGCGGAUAAGUUCAAUGCGGCCCACUACUCGACCGGUGCCGUGGCCGCUUCCUUCACGUCCACGGCGAUGGUACCUGUGUCGCAGCACGAAGCGGCCAUCAUCGACGAUGACAUUGUGCGGUACGAGCGCGUAAAAAAAAAAGGCUACGUACGGCUACUGACCAACUUCGGAGCGCUCAAUCUCGAGCUGUACUGCGAGCAGGUACCGAAGACGUGCGAAAACUUUCUCAAACACUGCCAAUCGGGGUACUACAAUGGGGUGCUGUUUCAUCGCUCGAUCCGUAACUUCAUGCUACAGGGCGGCGAUCCGACGGGGGUCGGAAACGGUGGUACGUCCGCCUGGGGUACCAAGUUUGCGGAUGAGAUCAAACCGAACCUUUCACACGCUGGCCGCGGUAUACUGUCGAUGGCAAACUCCGGUCCCAACACAAACGGUUCACAAUUCUUCAUUACCUAUCGAUCCUGUAAACACUUGGAUGGAAAGCACACCAUCUUCGGUAAGCUGGUCGGUGGUCUCGAGGUGCUGACCGAGAUGGAACGUGUUGAGGUGGACAACCGGGACCGGCCGAUUGAGAACAUCUUUAUCCAACGAACGCAGGUCUUCGUCGAUCCAUUCCAGGAGGUUGACGAACAGCUGGCCAAAGAACGGGCCGAGGAAGCGGAACGCAUAAAGCAGGAGGCGGAAGAAAAGCGUAACAACAAAGCAGGCACUGGGCAAAAGCGUGGCCAACCACUAAAGGUAUUUCGUUCCGGAGUAGGGAAGUAUCUUGACACGAGUGUAACGAAGAGCGUUUCGGUUGAGGAAAAUGGUCCCGGCUCCAGCACACCGUCCUUGGAAAACGGGGCGAAAAAGCGCAAAAAGACGGCCACCGUCGGUGCGGAUGGUUUCGGUAAUUUUAGCUCUUGGUAGGCUGAUAAGGUUGAUCUAUUCUGAUUUCGUUUUUAAUCUGUAAAUAUUACAUCAACACUA